AUGGCCGAUCCCGUCCAAGCAACCACCGAUACCCUCCCCAGAGGCAACCGCAAGGGCAGCCGUUCCGACGAGGAAUCCAACAAGGACAAGGACAGCGGCAACGGCGACAAGAAGCUAGUACCAACGAGCGGGCUUGAGAAACCGGGCGAGACAAAAGAGGAUAAUGAGAAGGAAAGCUUGAAAAUAAAGAUCCAUUUGAAUCUGCAUGCGAAGGUGAAGUUGGAUUUGGAUGCGCAGUUGUAUGGUGAUAUUGUUAUUGGGCUGCUGUAG